ACCCAUUCCUGGUCUUCACAUGCCAGCUCAACACAAUGGUCGACGCAAGCGGUCUUGAGGAAUCGCGAAAGCGUAAUCUAUUUUUUCUAAGAUGUGGACUGUUCUCGAUUGUCUCAACAGCGCUGCUCUUUCCAGCAUGGUAUGAUCCUUUCCUUCAACAGCUGUGGAGCUUUCUCAAGAACAGAUCGCUGUACAAUUCUAGUAUGUGGGAGUCAUUUCUGACCAUGUUCUCGUACAUCAUCUAUGAAAUCUUCUACACACUUUUAGCGAUCAACCCUAAAGAGCCUUGUACGAGGAUCGACCGAAGACCAGGUGAGUCGGUUGAUGUAAGGAAUCACACUGAGGUAUCAGGGACUUCACAUCUUCAUCGCAAUGGCACUGUCUACAUCCCGUCACCCCGAGGCAGACUCAGAGAAGCCAUCAUAUACGCGGCACCAGUCAUCUUCCUAGACCUCAUCAUGGUCAAGAAGUUCGUGGGAGUAUCGAAGGAAGACAUUAUCAGAAGUGGCGGAUAUUCUCUGUCAUCCACAAAUUCAUCCAUGGACAGUGUGACAAGGUUGGAGAUUCAGCAGACUUGGAAAGUCCCUACAUUGCACAAUUUCUCCUGGAGUUCACCGGUCCAGCUGGUCAGGGCUCUCCCAGAGGCUCCUCCCACGUCGAGGCAAAUCGUCAUCGGGGUCAUUGGUGCUCUGGUACUGUACGAUUUCUUCUUCUAUGUGCCGCAUAUAGCGAUGCACCGAUUCUCACUUCUUUGGCAUUUCCACAAGCCACAUCACAAGCAUGCGGAGAUACAUGUUCAGGUCACCAACCAGUAUGUCAGACUGAGCUUGACCGAACGACUGACCCUCCUCGCCUCUGCCAACAUCGCCCUCCAUGCCAUGUCUGCCCAUCCUCUCACCCGGACCAUCUUCGUCCCGAUCUUCUUGUACCUUCUGGUCGAGAACCACUGCGGCUUGGAUCUCCCAUAUGGGUAUCACAGACUCUUACCCAGCGGUUGGGCGGCCGGACCCGAGGAACACGCCGAGCAUCAUCGAAAGGGAAAUGUCAAUUUCCAGCCAUAUCGUGAGUGAUCGAGUCUGAGGUGAAGCUGAGACGAUCAAGUGACCUGGGCGGACCGCUUGAUGGGUACAUACUCAGAUGGUAAGCAAGGUAGAUACAGGUCGGAACAUGAGAGACUAUAUCGGGAGGGUUUGGAAUUCAUGUGAGGUCCAUUGUAGAGAUGCCAUCGUUUGUAUCAUUUACCGUUGCUUCGAGGCCAUCGGGAUGACAGUUGUAGCAGCUGACUUAGACUGACAAGCGCGAUCACAGAGGUCGUUGAUCGGCAUACAAAGGGAAGCUGUACUAGGUUCAAAACCAACACCUUUACAUUCACUCACCGAGCUGAAAGCUUCAUAAGUUGAGAGCCCUUUACGCUGCCCGUAAACGUGAAUGAGUCGGAAUGGCCUGUC